AUGGCCAUCUUCACGGGCUUCGUCGAGCGGCUCAAGUCUUUCAGCCCGCAAGAAAGAAGGGCCAUAUUCUUCGACAUUUGCGGCAACAUGCUGUACAAAUUCGGCCUCGAGGCGUUCAACGGAUCCAUCACAGCACUCGCUACUAACCGUUACGACUACGAAAGCGACACCAGAGGCACGCCAUCUCGAACUUUUGAACGUCUCGGUCUUCUUAAAGGACUUAUUGGAACAGCAAAGGCUGAUAAGGACCAUAAUCGUAUUGGCCUGAUGACGGCGAUCUUGCUCAUACUUGAUGCUGCGACAGGAGGCACUUUUGUUCCAGAGGCUUAUCGCAAGAAGCAUCCCAAAGACGAGUGGUCUUACUACGGAGACUACAACAAUGACGCCAUCAUACCUAUCUACACGGUCACCGGCAUCGCGUACGGCAUGGUCGAACUAAUCCGCUGCGUCAUCCCCCGAGACAUCGUCGGAGGCAACGUUCAGAAACUUCGCCAGAUGGACAGCUUGGUGCACAUAUUCUACGAAGUCGCCGGUACAUCAGGCGCCUUCGUCACCGCGCUGGUCUUGAUACCCAACUUGGGCAACAAUCGCUCCUUCGUCAUCACCCCGAUCUGCUUCUCUCUUGCAGCUGUUCUAUGGUUCUUCGUCGUCGACGAGAGCCAUGACCGCAACGCCCUCGCGCGAGCUGAGGCCCGCAAGAGCAACUACUUUGUCAACAUUGGCAAGGGGUUCCUCCUCUUCUUCGAGUCCAUCUGGGUCGGCGCGAGGAUUCUGUUCACGUCGACGAGAUUCCUCUGGCUCGUCCCGGCAUACGGCGUGGUCCUCUACGGCCACCGGUACCUCGAAAACGGCAUCGCGUCCCAAAUCAUGGUCGGCGGCUCCAACUUUGGUGAGCUCCUGGGUGCCCUGUUCGUCUUCCUAUUCACAAACGUGAUCAAGACGCCUAUCCCGUGGCUUCGCCUCGAUGCCCUCAUGCUGCUCAUUGUUUGGUACAUCCCCUACUGGUACCCGCCUUCGGGACAAGUUGGGCAGGCCUGGAUCGUCGCCGCCACCUUCUUGCUGGUUUCCUUCGGGUGGGCUGCGGGAGAUGUAUCGCUGGCUGCCUUCAUCCAGGCUUCCCUCGCCAGGCUCGAAGACAAGGAGAAUAGGGUAUCCCCUCUGGGUGCUGUAAUGGCUUUCUUGUACUCCUACAUUGUUACGUACGCGAUUGCCGGUACUUUCCUCGGAAGGUACCUCGAAGGCCUUUACAACCGAACAGGAUCAGUGCGAGAGGCGCUGGUGAACACUGCCGGAGUGCACUUCACCGUCAUCAUGGCCACGGUGUUUGCGUCGACGUUUAUUCCGAAGGGUUCUCGGUGUUUCAAUCCCGAGAUGCUGGAUGACACGAAGCUGGAUGAGGAUAUUGAAGACUCUCGUGACUGGGUUCUUGCGAAUAACGGGCAGGAUAUCACGAGAGGAAAAAGAAAAGAUGGCACACGUCAAAGCGCGCGCAGGCACACAAAAGGGACGAAUGUGGCUGUGUCUUCACCGCGUGUUUCGAUUGUUUUUCCCGCGUUCGGAUGA